AUGAAAAAUUUUACUGAUUUAAUGCAACUCAGUUGUCAGAAUCUUAUAUUAAAGAGAUUAGAGAGUCAAGAGCAUGUUUAUGAAAUAACUCUUGAAGUGAUAUCAGAAGUAUCAUCUAUAUUCCUUUCAGCUACAGAGAUUCCAAAAAAGAAUGGUCAAAAAAAGAAGGUUAAAAUAGAUGAGAAGCCGGUUACUGAACCAACUAUUAAUUAUGGUGAAAAGCUUAAGGGUUUAACAGCUCAUAUCACUUCCCUUAUAUAA